AUGUUGCUAAAAGAUCAAAUUGAUUUGCUAUCAAAUAAAGAUAUUCAACAUUCGUUCAAAGAUUUUUUUUUAGAUACUCAAAUUAUUUUUUGUGCCAAUUAUUUUCUAGAACAGAAUGAAGAUGAAUGUUAUAUCUAUUCAUAUCCAUACAAAAUAACAAGAUAUGAAAAUAUAGAAAAGAAUUUUCCAGGUCGUUUAUUUACACGUGGUUUUGAAGUAUCAUUAUUUGAUGAACAUUCGUUGGAACAUGAAUUCUUCAUUCAAAUUGUUCAAUCAUUUCCAUUUAUGAGAAGUUUAACUCUAGCUAAUCGAGAAGCACAAAACGAUAAACAAUGUAGAAAAUUAGAAAAAUAA